CAUGUGUCCUGUCUUCAAUUUAUCAAACUGCUUGCGUAGUUUAGGGAACGAAACGGUGACUUUUUUCUUCAGACUUAGUCUGAUAUACGUGUUUUCGUCGAUAUUUAUGGGCAGAGGUAUGUUCGUAGAAUGGAAAAAAAUCCACCCUAUUGCACCUGUCACUUAACGGUUUGUGAACAGCGGAUAUAGUGGUUUGGGAAAGACUUAAGUGCUUUUACAGAACUAUUAACGCCUUGACCUUGUCAUGGAAAUGAUGGAUGAUGUUGGUUUUCUUCUGAUGUAGCCUAUGUAAUGACAGGAUUCCAGAAGGUAUUAAGUCAGAUACUCGUUUUCAAGAAGUACAAUGGACGACAUGAAAAAAGUUGCUAACAGCUCUUGCAAUGAUGGAGUUCUACUUAGAAUGGGCCUUAAUGAUAACAAAGCUGGAAUGGAGGGUUUGGAUAAGGAGAAAAUCAAUAAAAUCAUCAUGGAAGCUACUAAGGGUUCUAAAUUUUAUGAAAAUGAACUUAAGAAAGAUCAACAAGUUAAUCAACGAAUUGAAAAAAUGAUGCAGCUAAAAGAGAAAAUUACAGCACAACAGCUGUUGAAAGCACAGCUGCAGGUGGACAAACUUGUGAUGGAACUGGAACAGAACCGUAACCUUAGCAGUACAAUUGUACACAUUGACAUGGAUGCCUUCUAUGCAGCUGUGGAAAUGAGGGACAAUCCAGAGCUAAAGGAAAAACCUAUAGCAGUGGGAUCAAUGAGUAUGUUGUCCACCUCAAAUUACCAUGCUAGGAGAUUCGGUGUGCGUGCAGCCAUGCCUGGAUUUAUUGCUAAAAGGCUAUGUCCUCAUCUAACUAUAGUACCACUAAACUUUGAAAAAUAUGGCAAAGUGAGUAAAGAGGUUAGAGAAAUACUGGCUGAAUAUGAUCCCAAUUUUAUGCCUAUGGGCCUAGACGAAGCCUACCUGAACAUAACGGAGCACUUGGAGAAAAGGCUGAACUGGCCUGAAGAUAGGAGAAGGUUCAUUUUUAAUGCAGAAAGCACUACAGGAAUAGAUAAAGAUGGUGUGAAUAUGUCUGCCAAAUUUAACAAAGGUGAAGUCUCUUCUUCACCAGUACUGUUUGAAGACGACGCAUCUCUGAUGAAUGACAACCUUGAACAAAGAGGUCUACCAGUGGAAAACUCAGUUGUAUUUGGAACUUCUGCAGAGGAAGUUGUGAAGGAAAUUCGCUUUAGGAUUGAGCAGAAAACUCAACUGACUGCUAGUGCAGGAAUAGCACCAAAUACAAUGUUAGCAAAAAUGUGCAGUGACCGUAAUAAACCUAAUGGCCAAUACAGAAUUGCUCCUGACAGACAAGCAGUGCUAGACUUCCUGAAAGAUUUGCCCAUUAGAAAGGUGCCAGGUAUUGGAAAAGUAACAGAGAAGAUGUUAAAAGCCCUCGGAAUUGUGACUUGCUCAGAACUUUACCACCAGAGGGCGCUGCUUUCUCUUAUUUUCUCAGAAGUCUCUUGGCGUAAUUUCUUGGAUAUUUCCCUUGGUUUGGGCUCAACACAUUUGGAAAAGGAUGGAGAAAGAAAAAGUAUGAGCACAGAACGAACAUUCAGUGAAAUAAACACAGCAGAAGACCAGUACAGUUUGUGUCGAGAGCUCUGCAGAGACCUUGCUCAAGACUUACAGAAAGAGGGACUUAAGGGUAAAACUGUUACGUUGAAGCUUAAGAAUGUGAACUUCGAAGUUAAAACAAGAGCUUCAACUGUGCUGUCUUCUGUUGCUACUGAGGAGGAAAUAUUUACUGUUGCUAAAGAUUUGUUAGGAACUGAAAUUGAUAGUGUUGCUCCUCACCCUCUACGGAUAAGACUUAUGGGUGUACGAGUAUCAGGAUUUCUAACUGAAGAAGAAAAGAAAUACCAACAAAAAAGCAUUACAAGUUUCUUAAAAUCAGGAAAAGAAAUUGGUUCUCUUAGGCUUCAGACAGAGAAGUACAACCAAGAGUAUUUCACAAAAACUUCACAAGCACCUUAUAGGGGGAGUUUUUUCGAUCAAAAACGAGCAGCAAGACAAUUAAAUAGAGAGAAUAUUUCUCCAAAUGAAAGCAGAGGUAACCAGCUCUUUCAUGAUGAUAAAUCAUCAGAAUAUUUUGUGGAAGAAACAAAGAAAGUCACAGAUUUACAGAAUUCUAAUGUUUGUAAGAUCUUCACUUGUCCUGUUUGCUUUAAGAAGCAAAGCACCAAUAAUUUGGAAGAACUUAAUAGACACAUUGAUGAGUGCCUCAAUGGGAUGUGUGUUAAAGACACUGUGGAAAUACCCAAGAAUGACAGUUCAAGAGAAAAUGCACCUAACCUUCUUCCACAAUUUAAAAAUGAGCAUGUUGAUAAAUGUCAAAAAAAUAAAACAGAUCGAUUAGCAGGAACAGACCACUCUGCAAGUGUAUCUGACAGCUCUUCUAACAAUAGCACAGAAAAAAUUGGUCAGAUAAUACCUGAUAAACCCAAAAGAAUACCACAAGACAAGGAAGACAAUUUUGGCAAGACUGAACAUACCGAAGGAACUAGUUCAUCCUGUUUCUUUGAAGCCAAAGAAGACAAUAUUCUUGUUUGUCCAGUUUGUAAUUCAGAACAGAAAACCACCAAUCUUGUGUCAUUUAACAGACAUGUGGAUGUCUGCUUAAAUAAAGGCCUUAUCCAGGAGCUGACAGAAAAAGAGGAUUUUCCUACUAAGACUUAUAAUAGGGAAAACUCAAACAGUUUUCUUUCUGGAGGUUUAAGCAAAGGACUGCAGCGCACAAAUCCAUCACAAGGAGUGAAAAGGUCUGGACUAACAGCUUCACAGUCACUAUCUAAAAAGGCCAAGUCAAGCAAUUCCAAACAGACAAUUGAAAUGUUUUUUAAAUGACUGUGUACCAACGUGUUCUAUAUGAAGCAUUUCAUACAGUUUUAUAACUGCAAGUUGAUUUAGCAUUGGCAGUCGGCUGGGUUCAGGUGCCUGUCAUUUUGGAACCAUUAUAUAUCUGUUUAACAAGAACAUGAUAUCUGAGAUAGAAGGAGAAGUAAAAUGAAGGUUUUUUUCUUUUCUUUCCUUUGGAGAAUAAUACUUUUUUUUACACUUGUUUCCAAGAAUCAGAAUUUCCUAGCACUUUGAUUUAGCUCCCUAGAACACAGGAAUCAUUAGUUAGGGUGCCUCACUGUACUUGCUGAACUUGUAUCCUUCUCACACCUGAACUUCUCUGUUGAUUUUAUUGUAAAAGUAAAAUUAUGAGAUUAACUGUGUGAUAA